GUUUGGGAUUAAGAUUAAUCUCUCUUGGGUUUUUCCGCAUCUAUACCAACUGCUCAAUUAGUUGCUUACGUCUUAGUGGAAGGGUUUAAAAUAGUGGAAUGAGUUGGUGGUUUUAACACCCACAAGGUCAAAAUCAAGGAGGAAGACAAGAGCAGAAAUUUUCAUUUGUGGAGGAUUUUUUAAGCUUUUAUGUAAGUUUGAUUUCUCUGUUUGAUUAUUUUCUCUUUUUGAAAGAUCCAUGGGAUGAGAAGGAUGCAUGAACAAGAUGAUUUAGAAGUGAAGAUUAAAGAAAAAGGGCAAAAAGGUUCACUGUAGAAAUUAAUGGAAUUGAGAGGCCACCAAGAAAAGGAAAUAGGGAUGCCAAGCUCUUUGGGUUUUAAUCCUCCUAUUCGAGAAUCAACCUCAAAGGUUUCAUCUGCCUUGCUAAUUCCAUCAGGAGCAGUUGCAGGAGGAGGUGGUGAUGAAAGAAGAAGAGAUGGGACUGGUAAUGGAACUGCAGUCUUUAACUCAUCAUCAUCUCAAACCCUAGAUCAUCAUCGCCACCUUCGUCUACAACAGGAACAUCCUCAGCACCACCACCAUCAUGAUCAACGACCAGACCCAGAUCCAGUCCCGGUGGCAAUUGCAGUUGGUGGAGCAACAGGAGGAGCAGCAGUUGCCGGUGGAUCGAACUCCGUAAGGACACCGACAACCCCCAAGAGCUCCGUCACAGUCCGGUAUAGGGAAUGUCUCAAGAACCACGCAGCAAAUAUUGGUGCCCAUGUCGUCGACGGAUGCGGCGAAUUCAUGCCGAGCGGUGAGGAAGGUACCCCGGAAGCCCUAAAAUGCGCCGCCUGCGAGUGCCACCGGAACUUCCACCGGAAAGAAGUGGAAGGAGAGCCCAGAUCAAGCGCCGCCGCCGCCAAUUGUUAUUACUGUUUCGACCCAAACCAUAAGAACAGCUGUAGCACCAGAAUCCCUCCUCGUGCUCAUCCAACUCAUCAUCAUCCUCAACUAGCUCCUCCGCAUCUGCAGCAACAGCAGAAAUUCCAACUGGGUUUGCCCACCAGUCCCUCCAUGGCUUCGAUCCCUCCUCAACCCAUGAUGAUGGCUUACGGAGGCGGUGGUGGUGGAGGAGGGGCGACGGAAUCAUCGAGUGAAGAUCUCAAUGUUUACCAGUCCAAUGCCGGCGGGACUACUUCACAACCACCACAACCGUUCGCGCUUUCGAAGAAACGGUUCCGGACGAAGUUCACACAGUAUCAGAAGGAAAAAAUGUUGGAGUUCGCUGAGAAGUUGGGAUGGAAGAUGCAGAAACAGGAUGAGACGGAAGUCCAGCGGUUUUGUGAAGAAGUUAGUGUGAAGAGACAAGUUCUCAAAGUUUGGAUGCACAAUAACAAGCAUGCCAUGAAGAAGAAGCAACUGUGAGAUGAAA